AUGGCUCCAAUGUCCCAAGUGCCCGGUUAUCGUCCAUCAUUGUCUUUUGCCGUACAUGAUAAGCUCUAUUCGUAUUGGCGGCUCCCAAGUUCCGUCCGCUCAUCGUUACAACAGACAAUUCCUUUGUUUUUCUCGGAUGUCAAGGGGGUCGUCGCUGUGGACUGGAAUUCGUGGUUGAGCUUUGUCGAUGUCAAUUGUCAAAAUUUCGAAAAUAGUGUCAAUGAAAUCGACAAAACAUGGACUCUAGCACUUUAUGCCGAGAAAUUUCUUGCUCUUGUGUCAGUUCAAUUUGACCCGGAUCGACAUCAUUCCAGUUGGCGCAGACUGUGUGAAUUGACACAUUUUAAAGCUUUGAAAUCCGUGGCUAUGAUGCUGACGGACGACUCAGGAGAGUUUUUCAUGGCAUUUACUAUUGGAGUCACUAUCUUGGAAAAAGCAUUGUAUGAUCUGUAUGACAAAAAGUCGAACCCGGUAAAGUCUCGGAAAAAGAACAUGAUUCUUCGAGACUUGCUGCAUUCGGAUACGCUGGCUGAUGCUGUGCCUGAAGGGUUACUGCAUCUGCUGAAGGUUUUGUUCUUGCCAUCAGGACUGAAUCUUCGAAAUUUGGUUUGGCAUGGAUUCAUGAUACCAGCAGAAUUCCCCAAAUGUUUUGGAUGCCUCACUUUGCUGCUUAUCACGGUGCUGUUUGUAUUUUCUGAUGAAGUUCAGGCCAGAAACACCAGCGAAACUGUGCGUGGGAAACACGCAGCUGAACUGUUUCGUAUCGGUAGUUUCAAUGGCAAAUUCGUCACAAAUACGAGCAAAUUAAGUAAAGAAGAGGAUGAUAGGCGACAGCUUUAUCUUGCUGCUGUACUUCGCCAGGAACCGCCAACAGUUCGGGAUGAAAUCAUUCGAAGAUGGACAAGUGCCACUUUUGUUCCCAAAGGACGGUCUAAUCUCCUUCGACGUGCUAUUGACGCCCUGGUAGAACAGGGAGACGAGCUGUGGUUCCUUUUUGCUGCGCUUCCCGUUCUCGAGCAUGCGCUGCGAAUUCAGUUUCUUCACGUAAACCAGGAACGUGCCGGAUUAUUGGAUGCAUACAGCUUGGCUCAGGUCGACGAGUACUAUUCGACGCUGGAUGGUUUCGGGCAGAGAGAUAAGCAUCAAGUACUGUUGCACCCAGGUGUUUUAGUACAAGCUGAAAAUGUGGCAAACGCAAACGGUGAAAACAGCAACGACUGCUAUGACUCCGUUGCGAAUGCUUUAUACGAACAGCUUCCCUUUGCAUCACUUUCGGCUUUGCUGGAUCUCUUCAUGAUGUCAAGUGGCCCAAACCUUCGUGCGAAACUCUGUCAUGGAGAAGCAAAUUUGACGAAUCUUCUAAGAAGCAGUCACGUUGAGGCUCUUGCACCAGCCAAAUUGUCGUCUGCCACUCUGCUUUUGUUUGAAGCAUUUGUACUGCUCUGCGAAAGCAGCAUCGAGUCAUCAAGUGUGGCUUGUGCUGUCAUGGCGAUCGAUGUUGAUAAAGAUUCACUACCACCAGCUGUGAGGUGCCAACUCCAGGUCUUCGGUGAAACCACGACGUGCUCUUUUCACCCGUUCUACCAAUUGUAUCGAGCUUUAUCCGCAGCACACUCUGUUGCAUCGGCAUUUGCUGCAUUUCGAGCGAAGUGGACCGAUUUCGAUCUCUAUGAUGUUGACGGCGACGAAACUCGACAACAAUCAGGUCUCACACAGGUUCAAUUUGCUGCUAUCAAGACGACUGAUGGUCUCCCGUUCACGCUCGUGGAGAAAUCGGAUCGAGUGACGGAGUUUAUAGCAGCUUUGUGUACGAAAGACAAGUCGACGAGUGAAUUGCCUGCUGGAAAGAAGAAGAGCUUUGCCCACUUGAUCGGACAGCUCAAUGAUGAACUAGACACGUUUUCUGUCCAAAUUUGUCAUGAUUUUACGAGAAACGAUCGUCCGGAUCUCGUAAAGUCUUGCUGCAGCAUUUUUCUGACACCAGCUGAAAUCGACAGCACAGCUCUAUCGCUUAGUGGUGCUGUUAAUCUUCUCGAAGGAUCAGUGAAACGAAAUUUACUGGCGUUAAGCGACCAAGAAGGAUUAGGCGUGGCCGCAUGCAUGAUGGAAAUCAUUGCGUGCUGUCAACGAUCACUCGAAAUGUUUCGAUCUCGCAUCGAGCAAUUUCAGCAACUUGUAGUUACAGGCAAAGCACGCACCAAACACCGACGCUCGCUGCUUACCAGCAUUUUUUUCCUCCCCGUUUUCGAACGCAUGCAAAUGGUGAGUCUGAGCAUCGUAGAGCGACACGUAUUACGCUUACGCGAUGUUGCUGCUGAUAUGGCAGCCUGCAUUCACUCUCAAAAGAAGGCUAUCGUUACCUGUCCUCGUGUCGUUCAAGUGGAGCAAGUCCAGUGCAAACUUUUGCAGUGUAUCACUUCUUUUGAAGGCUGCACUGGUAGCUACGAAGCAUCACAGAAAAGUAACGAGCAGGCAGUCCAUCGGGCUCUCCAGUUCUUGAACUCGAAGGCUUUGAAAGCGGCGUUUCCACCAUUGCAAUGA